AUGAGCGAAGAAAACCCUAAAACUGAAGGCUAAGCUUAAGAAACCAUGCAAAAAAGCUAGCUAGAAUAAAGUAACACUUCAUAGGUCAGCUAGACACAAAAAUCAAAGAUGGGUACUUCAUUAAACAGAAAACUAAUUAAUGCAAAUCCAUAUAAUAAGAAUGGAAGUACUAUGAGCACAGCAAAAUCUUAAAAUUCCCACAGCUAGAGCAUGGGAUCUUUAUAUUAAGCUAAGCAGAAUCAUAAGGUUGCAUAAAUUAAGUUAAAUGUUAUUACAAAUCGUAUUAACAAGCUCUCUGUUGAAGACAAUAUGCUCUAAAAGAAAGCAGAUGAUAUUAAGGAAAGAGCUAAUCAAAUUUAUGAAAUAAAAAGGCGUGAACAAUUAAAGAAACAAGAAGCCAAAAGAAAAAAAAUUGAAGUUGAAGAAAUUCCAUUUACUCAUCCUGUAGGAUAAUUAGAAAUGAUUAAGUGUUAAAUUUCUAAGAAGUUUGUUCAAGAUAAACACAAAGAUGAUGCUUAAUACUUUAAGAGCUUAUUAGCAAAGGAUUUUGCAUAAAAAGCUAAGGAAGAUUAAGUUUAUAUGGAAAAUUUGAGAUGGAAAGUUUAACAAGUUAGAUAAUAAGAAAAGUAAGCUAAAAGAAAGUAAUAAGAGUUUUUGAUCAAGAAAUUAGAGUCCGUUUAAAAUGAAUAAAUGAGCGUAUUUGAUACUGAAAAGAAAUAGAUUGAGUAAAAAGAAGGCCUUCUCAAAAAAUUAGAGCAGGUGGAAAUGGAAUAAAUUAAAAAAUUAAAAACAACAAAACAAAGAAAUUAAGAAGCACUUGAGUAGCUUGAUUUCUGCAAAAACCACUUGCCGAAAGAUUAUGAAGAUAAAUUUGGUAAAUCUCCAUCAAACAAGUAACCUCCUAAAAAAAUAAAUGGUCUUCCUGCUUCUAAAUUCUAGAACUAAGCUACCCAUAUUUACUUAGAAUAAGAUAAAAAUGGAAACACUAUAAUAAAAUCUUCUUAGGCCUGA